AUGCGAUUACGUCGACGUUAUCGAAGCGGCCGUUUUCAUGGACGCGAAUUCGUCGACGUUCGCGCAGCUGCUACGGAGGAGCUCGCCGGAGGCGGUGCUGCUGUGUUGGAGUGGUGCUGCUGUGUUGGAGGCGGUGCUGCUGUGUUGGAGGCGGUGCUGCUGUGUUGGAGGCGGUGCUGCUGUGUUGGAGGUGGUGCUGCUGUGUUGGAGGCGGUGCUGCUGUGUUGGAGGCGGUGCUGCUGUGUUGGAGGCGGUGCUGCUGUGUUGGAGGCGGUGAUGCUGUGUUGGAGGUGGUGCUGCUGUGUUGGAGGCGGUGCUGCUGUGUUGGAGGCGGUGCUGCUGUGUUGGAGUGGUGCUGCUGUGUUGGAGUGGUGCUGCUGUGUUGGAGGCGGUGCUGCUGUGUUGGAGCGGUACUGCUGUGUUGGGGAAGCGGCGAGUUGA